AUGAACUUCAAGUACAUCGGCUCCUGUUCAGAAAUAGGAGUUGGGACUUUGCUUAAAGCUGGCCAUUUCCAGUUCAAAGACAAACUCUUAACGGACGCCUUGUGGGACUGGAACCACAUUAGCUCACAGAGGUACUGCCUUCUGCUGCUGCCUGGCCAGGAUGCUUUCUACAGAGCUCAAACACUGGAAGCAGAGAAGCCCCAGGAAAUACAGUUGAAACCAAAUGAGACGGCAGCAAGGAUGCUGGAAGAGAACAAAUUGGGAAGUGUCUACUUUACGCCAAGUCAUUUUAAGGACAGCUUGAGACGUGCAAAAAAAGGUGAAAAUUACUGUGCAGAAAAGGUAUAUGGCAGAGCACUGAACUUGUCUGCUCCAGCUCCUACCCAAGGUCCCACCAGUGCUGGGGCUGCAGGGCUACCUCCUGCUACCAACGUGUCAAGCAACAAACGGCUGCAGCAGACACAAGCCCGGGUGGAUGAGGUGGUAGACAUCAUGAGAAUGAAUGUGGACAAGGUGCUAGAAAGAGACCAGAAGCUAUCAGAGCUUGACAACCGGGCAGAUGCAUUGCAAGCAGGUGCCUCACAGUUUGAAACCAGUGCAGCCAAACUGAAGAGAAAAUACUGGUGGAAAAAUUGCAAGAUGAUGAUCAUCCUUGGUGUAGUAUGCGCAGUCAUUCUCAUUAUAAUUAUAAGUGAGUAA